AUGGCUAUUUUAAAAGCUGCUUUAAGAAAAUCAGCUGUAGCUAAAGACGUUGAUAUGGCUUAUGUCGCAAGUCUAACCAUAGAUUUUAGUGGUGCCGAUUUAACAAAAAUUUGUCAACGAGCUUUUAUAUUAGCUACAAAAGAAUCCAUUGGAAAAAAACGACAACUUAUCCAUCCAACAACAAUGGCUUCUGGUGAACCACAGCCAGUGCCAGAAAUUCAUCGUGAUCAUUUUGAAGGAGCUAUGGAAUUUGCUCGACGAUCAGGUAGUGAUAAAGAUAUAAGUAAAUAUGAAAUGUUUGCUCAGACAUUAGAACAAUCACGUGGUUUCGCUACACAAUUUCAUUUUCCUGGUCAACAACAACCAUCACGAGCUAUUGGCGAUCAAGAUGGAGAUGAACCUUCAAUAAACCAAAUAUGA